ACCGUGAGCCAUCAGGUAGAUGUCAUCCCCAAACCACUAUACUCUCUACUCAAUCAUCUAACAUGGCCCUUCCCUCAGAAUGCGACGUCCUCGUCAUUGGAGGCGGCAAUGCCGGCUUCUGCGCCGCCAUCUCGGCCGCCCAGUCCGGCGCCAAACGAGUCCUCAUCAUCGACAAAUGUCCUGAAGAAUGGGCCGGAGGCAACUCCUACUUCACCGCGGGCGCAAUGCGCACCGUCCACGGAGGUCUCGAGGACCUCCUCCCCAUCGUGAACAACGUCGACGCAACCACCGCCCAGAAAAUCGACAUGAGUCCAUACACCGUCGACGACUUCACCGGCGACAUGAACCGCGUCACAGGUCGCCGAACCAAUCGCGAACUCUGCCAAACACUAGUCACCGAGUCCAACUCGGCCAUCAAAUGGCUCGCCAGUAACGGCGUCCGAUUCCAACUCUCCUUCAACCGCCAAGCAUACGAAGUCAACGGCCGGCUCAAGUUCUGGGGCGGCCUUGCCCUGAAAACCCAAGACGGAGGCAAAGGUCUCAUCCAGGACCAUUUGCAAGCGGCCCGGAAACUGGGCAUUCGGAUCUUCUUCUCCACCGCGGCCCAGAAACUGGUCACUGAUCCGGUGUCCGGGGCCGUCACUUCGGUGGUGGUCUCGCAUCACGGCCACGACCAGUCUAUCCGGGCCGGCGCGGUGAUUCUCGCCGCGGGCGGCUUCGAAGCCAAUCCGCGCAUGCGUGCCCAGUAUCUUGGACCGCACUGGGACGUGGCGCUGGUGCGCGGCACGCCCUAUAACUCGGGCGAUGCAUUCGACAUGGCGAUCCGGGACGUCUCAGCCAAACAGGCUGGGAACUGGUCCGGAUGUCACUGCGUGGCGUGGGAUGCCAACGCGCCUGCGGAUACAGGCGACCGGGAGAUUUCCAACGAGUUCACCAAGUCGGGAUACCCGUUGGGAAUCAUGAUCAACCGUCAGGGAAACCGAUUCGUGGACGAGGGGUCGGAUCUGCGCAACUAUACGUAUGCGAUGAUCGGACGGCAGAUUCUCAAUCAGCCGGGCCACAUGGCGUUCCAGAUCUGGGAUUCGCGGACGAUUCCCUGGCUGCGUUCGGAGGAGUACCGGCCGGAGGUGGUGCAGCAUAUCAGUGCGAAUAGUAUUAGUGAGUUGGCGCAGAAGUGUGCGCUGUUUGAUCUAGAGGAUGCGCAGCGGUUCGAGCAGAGUAUUCACGAGUAUAACCGAGCUGUGUAUGAACGGCAGCGUCGACAGCCGGGGGGGAAGUGGGAUCCGGCUGUGAAGGAUGGACUGUCGACGCAGUCGGAGGGGUUGGAACUCACGGUGCCCAAGUCGAAUUGGGCGUUGCCGAUUGAUCAAGGACCGUUCCUGGCUGUGAGGGUCACGGCGGGCAUCACCUUUACGUUUGGGGGGUUGGCGGUUCGACCGGACACGGCGGCGGUGGUGUCGUCGAUGACGGACCAGGAGGUGCCGGGGUUGUAUUGUGUGGGAGAGAUGUUGGGAGGGUUGUUUUAUGAUAAUUAUCCUGGGGGGAGUGGUUUGACGUCGGGGGCGGUUUUUGGACGGCGGGCUGGAGCAGCGGCGGCAGCGAGGGUAUCAAAUGUGAAGGCGCGGUUGUAGUUGAUUAUAGGGUUGGUCAGAAAUUGAGAUGUUAUACUGGGUAUAGAUUUGGUAUAUAUCGAUAUAGUAUUUCGACUAGGUGUUGCAGA